AUGUAGAACUUUUUGUUUUUAUCUCAUAAAGUACACACAGUUGUUCCUCCUCAUAUACCAACGCCAAUCAACCCAUCGAGGAAUACAUUUGUGAGUCUGAACAACUGACAACGCGCAAUUCCUUCGUAUGGGUUUGUCUCUCCCUAACCAUUUUGAUCGUCUCUGACCACUCUCUUGCCAACCAAAGACAAUCCAUUUUAGAUACCCUCAAAAUGGAAGAUUUUUCUAGCAAUUUUUUCAAAUGGGUGGUUCAUUAUGAAACACAAACCCAGAAAAUGACGUUGAAAAUGGGAGCCCCAAUGGUGAUGGCAGGGAUUCUCUGCUUCAUUGCUGCAUCUAUAUCCAGUGCAGGAGGUAUUGGUGGUGGAGGCUUGUUUAUACCCAUUUUAAUGAUUUUGGCAGGAUUAGACCUCAAAACAGCAAGUAGUUUUUCAGCUUUUAUGGUCACGGGAGGGUCUACUGCAAAUUUCAUCUGCAAUUUGUUCAUUAGAAGUGCCAAAUUUGGUGGUAAGGGUUUGAUAGAUUACGAUAUUGCACUGUUAUCAGAACCAUGUAUGUUGCUUGGAGUAAGUGCUGGAGUGAUAUGCAAUCGUGUGUUUCCUGAGUGGCUUAUUACUAUUCUAUUUGUUGUCUUCCUUGCUUGGUCUACAUUCAAGACUUGUAGAAAUGGGAUUUUGCUAUGGAAAUUUGAAUCAGAACAAGUGAUUAGAAAUGGGAUUGAAGAAGUUGAAAACUAUGUUGUAAGAGACGGGGAUCGUUCAGAGGUUGAAGUGCCUCUUCUGGGUAUGAAAAGAAGUAAUACGUUGGGGUUUCCAUGGAUGAAAGUUUGUAUCUUGGUUAUGGUUUGGCUUGCCUUCUUUGCUCUCUAUCUUCUUCGUGGAAGUCGCAAUGGACAGGCUUGUGGAGGUGAAUACUGGAUUCUCUCGUCACUACAAAUACCUCUUGCCAUAGUUUUCACAGCAUGGAUUUUGUGGAUUAUGCGCAGAAAAGAGAGCAACCAACAUCAAACACCAAAGCAGCAGGACACGGAAGACUUGACUAGCUGUGAACCGCCAAGCAGACUUAUUUUCCCAAUCAUGGCACUAAUGGCAGGGCUAUUGGGUGGAGUUUUUGGCAUUGGAGGUGGAAUGCUUAUCAGUCCAUUUCUUCUGCAGGUCGGAAUACCACCUGAGGUGACUGCAGCAACUUGCUCUUUCAUGGUGUUCUUCUCAUCGACAAUGUCAGCGUUUCAAUACUUAUUCCUGGGAAUGGAGCACACAGAUACGGCUCUCAUAUUUUCCGUCAUUUGCUUCGUUGCGUCGCUUAUUGGUUUGAUGGUAGUACAGGGAGCAAUUCAAACAUAUGGAAGAGCCUCCCUUAUUGUGUUCUCAGUUGGUUUAGUUAUGGCAUUAAGCACCAUUUUGAUUUCUAGCUUUGGAGCUCUUGAUGUUUGGCAUGACUAUGAAUCUGGAAAUUACAUGGGAUUCAAAUCAGCCUGCUGAAACAAUUUCGUACUAUAGCUCCAUACAGAACUGUAUACAUAAAAAUUUAUAAAAUUUUUACUGAACAAUAAACUGUCACAGGUUACAA